CAGCAGCACAGACAGCUGACUGCAGCAGCUGAGAGAGGACGCAGCUCGCGGACAGGUCUCGCGGAACUCCACUCGCUCUCCCUCGGUUACCUGGCAACAUGUGGGCGCGAGCUGUGCUGUGCGCGGCGCUGCUGUCCGCGCUGUGUCGCGCGGACGGGACGGAAGCCGAGAGGCGCGAGAGAGACGUGGAAGACUACAACUACUCCAACUCCAACAGACUGCUCGGAGCUCUACAUGAAGUGCUGGAGAGACUACAGACGAAGAGGAUUAAUCCCUGGGAGAAAAAGUACGGACAAGUCCCCUCUUGCGACCUGGGGGAACACUGCGCCGUGAGGAAAGGCUCUCGUAUCGGGAAGAUGUGCGACUGUCCUCGAGGAGCUUUCUGCAACUUCAUCCUGCUGAAGUGCUUAUGAGCCAAUCAGAGGGCAGCAGCAGCAGCAGCAGUCUAUUUUAACAUAUUUAUUUUACAAAUCUAGUAUAUGUAUAUAUAAAAGUAUGUAAAGUAGCCUUCAGAGUGGAAUAAAUCCUUCAUGAACAUUGA